AUGGCCGCCAACCCCAAUAUGCAGGUGGAGCAAGUAGAGCCCGCCAUCGAGCGUCAGCUCACUGAUGUCGACGGGAAAAACAACAAGGUCGUACAAAUUGGCCAGCUUCGAGUUAUGGGGCUCAGCAGCGAGGAUGAGGAUUUCUAUGUUAACUUUCCCGUCAAGGACCGAGCCGCGCUCGUUCGUAAGAUUGACUUGCGUCUGACCCCGAUGCUAGCCAUGUUAUAUCUCCUCUCCCACUUGGACCGUGCCAACAUCGGAAAUGCAAACAUUGAGGGACUUUCGAAAGAUCUUGAUUUGACUGGAGUCCAAUACAACACUGCGCUCGGUAUCCUGUUUGUCACAUACAUCACGUUCGAGGUUCCAAGCAACAUGAUCCUAAAGCGAUUCACAAAGCCUUCACAGUACAUGGCCUUCAUCGUCAUUUCUUGGGGGAUGGUCAUGACUUUUACGGGUGUUGUUCAGAACUACGCAGGGCUCGUGGUGUGCCGACUUUUACUAGGUUUGUUUGAAGCCGGAUUCUUUCCCGCCGCCGUAUAUAUCCUGACGCAAUGGUACAUGCCUCAAGAGCUAGCCACACGCCUCUCCUAUAUGUAUCUCACCAGUGCCGUUGCCGGAGCCUUCUCUGGACUGCUGGCUGCAGGUAUUGCAGAGAUGGACGGCAUCGGUGGCUAUGAAGGUUGGCGCUGGAUCUUCAUAUUGGAGGGUCUCGCGACAGUGGUCCUGGGGGUGGCGACCUGGUUCUGGCUGGCUGACUCCCCUGUAUUGUCGAAGUGGCUUACGCGCGAGGAGAAGAGAUAUCUCGAGGUGCAGCACUUCAUCAAAGACGGAGGGCUGUACAGCACCCAGCAGCGCAAAAACGACUGGAAGGUCUUCCUAUCCAUCUUGACCGAUUGGAAAAUUUACGGCGUCUCUGCCUUGCUCUUUGUCAACAUUGCAGCGGGCUACGGUGUUAAACUCACCAUGCCUGCCAUCAUCAAGGGCAUGGGCUUCCAGAACCGCGCCGCUCAACUCAUGACCGCGCCGCCCUACGCCCUCGGCGCCAUCUCGACCGUCAUAUCCUCAAAGAUAUCAGACCGAUUCUAUAGACGCAUGCCAUUCGUCGUCAUCCCAUGGACCAUAUUCAUCAUUGGCUACGCCAUCAUCAUGAGCUACGGCGCCAACACGGCCAAGAACGUAGGGCCCUGCUACUUCGGCGUCUUCCUCAUCUGCAUCGGCCUGUUCCCGGUGAACCCGGCCAUCACAUCCUGGGCCGCCAACAACAUCACGCCCGCAAGCAAGCGGGCCGUUGGCGUCGCUUUCUUCAACUGUGUCGGGAACAUUGGCGGCAUCCUGGGCAGCUUCAUGUUCCUCGAGAAGGAGGCCCCCGCCUACCCGACAGGCUACGGUACGUCCAUCGGCGUGCUGGCAGCCGGGAUCCUCAUUGCUAUUGGCCUGGAAGCUGCCUUUAUCAUCUUGAACAAGAGGAGGGACCGAGUUCCGGAGGAGGAGGUGCGAGCCAAGUAUACGGAGCAGCAGCUAUCGGACAUGGGCGACAAGUCUCCGCUAUACCGCUACACCCUUUAA